UUUGGCGCAGACAUUAGCCGCCGUUGCAGUUUUCGCGUCCGCCAUGAUGACCGCUUCUGCCAAACCAACUGAACUCGUGCCCGCCGCCGCCAUCGCUCCAGUGGCCGUUGCUACGCCAUACGCUAGCUCGUUCACGUCACACAGCGUGGCCCACAGCGUAGCCACCCCGGUCGUACCGGCCGCUCCGUACGUGGCCGCCGCUCCAUACGCCGCGGCACCAUACGUCGCUUCGCCUUACGCGGCCGCACCUUACGUCGCCGCGGCUCCUUACGUGGCCCCUCCUUACGCCACGUCGCCAUACGGCGCCUCUCCUUACAGUUACUACCCGUACGCCGCUCCGGCUUACCUGUAAAGGACGUUCCGAACUAAGAUGACCACCGCACAGCAGUCUCCACGCGACAACGGACGAGAGACGACCGCAACAACAACUGCUAACGCCACUGAUUCUUUUCAUUUUUAUAAUAUUUAGAUCGCAUUUUUUAUACAAAUAUCGUUCAGACGAUAUAAUAUUAUAUAAUUUGUAAACAUAAAAAACCGUAAAUGUCACGGCGACACGAACAUAAUGUGUAUCGUGCGUGUAUAUACAUGGAAAAAUAUAAUGUAUCAAUAUUAUAAUAUAAUAUACCUAUACACACACGUGUUCCUCCCCCUACCGACUUAAUAACCUACAGUAAAACUAAAAAUAGCUAAUGGCCUCAGCUGCCGGGCUCAAGAUCAAUUAAAAAAAAAAAAAAAUAUACCUAUAAUAUGUACAUACUAUGAAAUGAAUAUUUGUUUGUUUGUCCUCUG